AUGAAUGCUCACCAUGGGGUUGCGGCCGCGCAUGGCAUCAUUGCCGUCAAGCAUCGUAACGUCAAGACUCGACGGUCGGGAACGGGAACGAACAAGCUGGCAUCGUUGCUGGUUUCACAUGGACGGCCAGAGGAAAUCACCGACGCGGACGCGUCUUCGGGACAGCAUCACGACCUUGCAGGAUCGUCGCUGACGGCACUCCGAAACCGUGCGGCCGGGUUCCAGCGGCGAGUCGUCCGCUUGACGGGGACAGCCGCGCGUGGAGGUGCAAGGUCGACGGCGUCAUGGCUCAGCAUCCAGUCUGGAACCGUAGGUGAGGCUGGCAACAUCGACAGAGCCCGUGGGGGCAAACCUCGCGGCCCAUCAGUCAACGUCGGUGCAAGCACAGCCCUCGGCGACAAUGGACGCUGGCGGCAGCAAAAGGUUCAGCCGGUCCAGCACUCGGCCAUGGUACGGGCGCACUGGCAUCGUAAGCAACCGGGGUAUAUAUCUGAAACUCGGGUCACUCUCCGUCACGUCGGCCAAAUAGGUACACGGGUGCCUAUACAACAUAAGUACAUGGUCAUAUCAUAUCGAGCGCAGCAGGUCUGCCAUGCGCGACGGAACGGCUCCCGUCGUCACCUUGCUAACGAUAUGUCCAUGUCCGAGGUGCCGGAAGAAUGGUCGUCCAUUACGCCAGGCCAACUCCAUCAGCAGCAUGCCAUCGUUCUCCGUUCCUUGACGUUCACUCGGGCGGCAUUUUGA